GUUGUGUGAUUUUUAACGACUUUAAACAGCGCACUCUCCGCUCCUCCCUGGUCGCAUAGAGACGGGCGACCACGAUGAAGUCGCGCGGAAGGGGAGGGCUGCCGGACGAAAGAGGCGGGGCAAUGACGCAUCGCUCAAACCAGUGCGCAUGCUCCCGUCACGUUUUUCCCGCAUUUUCGCCGCCGUGGCCUGGCCAAUGUGCGUACGCUCAAGGCCGGCGGCCGGCGCUUUUCACAUUCGGCAGUGCGACGUGAAAUCUUGGUCACACCACACAAAUCGUCAGCUUCUGGAGGCUGUCCCAGUGAGCCUCAGCUCGGUCCAUCAGUUCGUCUCCAUCCUUUCCGAACCUGGGCCGCUCAACUCGAAGCUGUGUUUCGAAGCGUCUCUCGGGUUUGCUCACCAACAAACUGUCGCCACCCGCUCGAGUGUGCAAGGAUGGGCUGAUGUUCAAUGUGAUUGGCUAGUUGGCUACAGUACUGGCCAAUCACGAUGAGGUAACUGCGUUUCCCUAUUUUGAAGUGUGAUUGGUUCACAGCCGAACAGCGCCAAAUUUGAAUCCAGCGAAGGAGCAACGGCGGUCAAUUUCAACUCAAUUCCGAUUGGCGGGCGGCUCCCCGGCUGUCCUAUCAUCAGUCGUAUUGUUUUCACUGGGUGUGGUUUGCGAACGUCACAAUGAAGGGCGCGUCUGAAGGGCUGGAGCGGAAGCUGCUCUGAGCACGUGUCAGAGAGGGGCGGAGCACAUGGCGGGUGCGGGCAGCACACUGGGGAAGCCCAAGAAGGCGCAGGGCAAGAGCGCGCCACCGGCCUCGGAGAAGGCCGGUGCCUCACAACAGGCGAAGGGGGCCCACUCGCCUGCCGAGGUGGGCACGUCGGGCCGCAAAAGCAUCCCAACCAAGGCCGAUGUGGCACCGGCGGACAAAGGCAAGGCUGCCAAGGACUUGGCGAAACCUGGGGAGAAAGGCGCUCCGCCGACGCCGGGCAAGGCAGAGGGAGGCAUUCCCCUAAAAACCAUCAACAGCAAGACCCAGUUCGACAAGUACAUCAAAGACGCCGGCGAGCGCCUGGUGGUCAUCUUCUUCUCAGGCACCUGGUGUGAGACGUGCCAGGGCCUGAAGCCCAUCAUGAGGGAGAUCGCCCAGCUCAACAACCUUGUGUAUUUCUACGAAGUGAACGUCGACGACUCGGAGGACACGGCCGAAGCCUGCGACAUCAUCCACAUCCCGACCUUCCAGUUCUACAAAAUGGGCAAGAAGGUGGCCGAGGUCCUGGACGACAGCCGAGAGUCGGUGGAGGAGAAGAUCAAUGAACUGAAGUAGACUUGUCCCGUUAAGUAAUAAAAGCAAAACAAUCCGGGAAGAAUGCAAAGCUUUCCGAGCAAAACUGCUUUCAAAUUCUAAUGUCCAAACGUUUUAAUAGUUGGUCACUUCCUUGUCAUGAGAAGCAGCCUUGCUUGUUGUGAUAACCCUCCCCCUCAGUUCUAAGCUAAGAUGGACAAGCCUAAUUGAACGCUCAUGUUCUGUCCUUAAUUGCCCUCUUUCUGCUGUUAUCCAUUGAAGGUUAUCUAAAAAUAAAUAUAGACGCAACCCUAUCCCAACAUUAUUUUCUUAUAGAAAAUUUUUUUCUUUGUAAAAUUACAAAAAUGUAACAAUUUAAAAUUAUAACAAUUACAAUGAACUAACUAUUACCCAACUCUACAAAACAAAUCAAAACUAUACUCACUACAAAUCUAUAAUGACACUCAGCACAACCACACCGAAGUUCCCAACGUUCAGGAGCAUUAAUUAUUACACCUGUAUUUAUUUGGGAUUCUUCGUCCCAGAGCACUUGGCUCACUAAACCUAAUCAUUGAUGGCUAAACAAA